CACGACACGAGCAUCCACAUGGUUGUCACUGCCAAUUAAAAUCUGUUGUACGGUCUUGUAGGUAGCCUAGUACUAAAAUAAACAUGGCAAAGACCACAUUACAGAAGAAAAAUAUUAAUCGAAUAAAGAAGUCAAAUAGCAGUACAAAUCCCGACAGAGAGAAAGGAUGUGGAGGAAGAAACAUGAGGGACAAGGCUACCAUCAGACGCCUGAAUAUGUACCGUGGCGGAAAAGCUCAAAGGAAUCGCCAAGGCAAGAUAGUCAAAGCAGCUGCAUUCCAAUCAGCAUUGAAAUCUGGCACAGUAGCACGAGUUGAACCCAACAGGAGGUGGUUUGGAAACACAAGAGUAAUCACACAAGGCGCUUUGCAAAACUUUCAGGAGGAACUCGGCAAAGUGUUGAAAGACCCGUACAAAGUUGUGAUGCGACCAACACAACUUCCAGUUACUUUACUACAAGAAAGAGCAAAGCAAUCCAGAGUUCAUUUGUUGGACACGCAAAGUUUUGAAAACACCUUUGGGCCCAAAAAACAGCGCAAGAGAGUCAACAUGAAGUUCUCAGAUAUGUCUGAAAUGGUGACGAGUGUAAACAAGUCUGUCGAAGACUAUAACCAGGAAAAAGAUAAGGAUCUGGAAAAGGAGGAUGAUGAUGGUACUAAGGAUGAAGUUCGUGAUUGGGUGUUUGGAGCUGGGCAGUCCAAAAGAAUUUGGAGCGAGCUUUAUAAGGUGGUAGAUUCCUCUGAUGUUUUGAUCCAGGUUCUCGAUGCCAGGGAUCCUAUGGGCACACGAUCUCCUCACAUUGAAAAUUAUCUAAAGAAGGAAAAACCAUUCAAACACCUCAUCUUUAUUUUGAACAAGGUGGACUUGGUACCAACAUGGGUCACAAAACACUGGGUGGCUGUAUUAUCUAGUGAGUGUCCCACCUUAGCGUUCCAUGCCAGUGUGAAGAAUCCAUUCGGAAAAGGCGCACUCAUUCAACUUCUGCGGCAGUUUUCUAAGCUCCAUAUUGACAAGAAACAGAUAAGCGUUGGGUUCAUAGGUUAUCCAAAUGUUGGCAAGAGUUCGAUCAUCAACACACUUCGCUCCAAGAAAGUUUGCAAAGUCGCGCCUAUAGCUGGUGAAACCAAGGUUUGGCAGUACAUAACACUGAUGCGCCGUAUCUACCUCAUUGAUUGCCCCGGCACAGUACACCCGACUGGAGACACAGAAACGGAGAUCAUACUAAAGGGCGUAGUCCGAGUUGAAAAUGUUAAGUUCCCAGAAGAGCACAUACCAGAGGUGUUGCGUAGGGUGAAAACCGAGUACAUUACAAAAACGUACCGUAUUACACAAUGGACCGAUCACAUAGAUUUUCUAGAGCAGCUAGCACGAAGAUAUGGAAAACUGUUGAAGGGUGGUGAACCGGAUAUUAGUACCGUUGCCAAGAUGGUUCUCAACGACUGGCAGCGAGGCAAGAUACCUUUCUAUGUUAGACCGCCACCUAGCGAUGGCAAGACAGAACCAACAUCUAGCAGAGCAGAAAAUGUUAUAAAGAAAAUGGAUAAAGGCAAAUCACCAAAAUUUAUAGAGUUUGUCAAAGGAAAAGAAACAACUGUAGAGACAAACGUUGAAAAGCAAUCUACUGGUAUUGAGGAAAUAGAAAAGCGACCUAAUAAAAAGAAAUCCAAAGAAGUAGCAGGGGUUGUACAAGACUUAUCACAAAUUCAGGUCGGCCCUAAAUUUAAUGAGGACGAUGCAACACCCGACAUGGAAACCGAUGAUGUGGAAACAAACGAUAACGAUAUGGAGCAUAAAUGUGAGAACAGUUCAAAUACAGAAGAAAUAAAGGUUUCAGACAGGACUAAAAUAAAAUCAACAGAGUUAAAAGGUAAAAAGAAAAAGGGAAGGAAAGUAAAGGCUGCUGUAGAUAUAAGCCUUUCAGAGUUCCAAGGCAGAGAUACAAGGAAAAAAGAGGGAGGAGUGUUAGAAGGUGUAAGUGCAUUCCUCAGUAACAAAAACCAAGAAGAGAUGGAAUUGCUGAAACAAGUAAAACAAGGGAGGAAUGAAAUUGAAGAAAGUCAAGAACCUGUCCAAGAAAUGAGGAAUUCAAAGAAAAGGAAGCAUAAUAAUGCUGAUGAUGAUGAUGAUGAUGAUAACGAAAGCCAUCUGACAUCUAAGCAGAGGAGAAGUCUGGAACGACAAAAGAAAGAAAAAAAGACUGGAACACAUUUCUACAAAGUGACGAAUGUAAAAAAUAAGAGCAAAAGAAAUAAAAAGAAUUGAUAACAUGAUAAGAAAAGAACACAGCGGAUGCUACAUAUAUAUUCACCAUUGAUUACUCAGGAUUUAGUUUACAUCCAGCCUACAUAUGUAAACAUACAGAUGCCAUCAUUUUUGCUUAGGAUUUGCGAUAGAUUGAAAGCACUGUAUUGCAUCUAAUUAUAUUUAAUUUAUCUAAGACAGAAAUAAAAAACAAUUUUAAGGGUUUCUCAUAAAAAAAAAAAACAUACCGUACUUCAUUAUUACACUUAACAUCUCUUGGCCCAAUAGAGUCCUCAUGUGAAUGGACCUUUCUUCUAAGCCCGCCCCUUAGAUAUUGUUACUAAGGUCCUAUGAAGCUACCAUGUUAAAACAUACACGUAGGCCUACUUGUGUAUUUGUGGGUUAACAUGUGUGCUUGUAAGACAUGAACAUAUUCCUGGCUCUGUUGUGGUUGUUCAGUUGUUAAGUUUGUUGACACUCUUGAAAGGUCUGCAUGAAGUAGAUAUUGGUGUAAGGUAUUGUUUGAAAGAGACAGUUAUUGUGUAUGAUUGCCAAAGGUGGCGCCAGUAUCUUCCAGACAAAAGGGCAGAUUCCAUAAUAAGAAUGUAAGUGGGCGUGGUCGGACGUCGUAGUGAUCCAGUGUAGCCUCUGGAUACUAUGACGAUUUAGUGGUUUAAAAGGCUUAUUAAGCGAUUCUAGAGUCUACUAAUUAUGUAAAAAAAUAUACAGUAUAUAUUUUUCUCCCAGACGAAGGGUGUUUUUCUCCCCGACGAGGGGAUCUCUCUUUGACGGAGGCCUAGGGUCCUCCACUCCAUAGCGCUACCCUUGAUGAUUAAGACUCGCAAUUGGAUAGGAAUCAAGUUUUUUAAUUGAAAAGUACUAAUUCAUGACAAUAUACAGUAUGUAUAUUUUCUUCUCUAAUAAUUGAAGAUUAUUAAACAUUUUUUAAUGUAAUUAAAAGACAUACAAUACCUUGUUAUUGUCAUCGAUAUUUUACACUUCCCCUGCAUACUAAUUUUGUGCAAAAGUUAGACAUGGACAUGUCUCACAAGAUUUAUCAUUCCCUCCCAUAUAUAAUACGUUGCUGCAUUAUCUUUUCUAAACCCUGUCCAGAUUACCAAAUUCUGUUGUAUACCCAUAUAUAGUCAUGAUGUACCUAUAUAUGGUCAUGAUGUGAACUUAUUUAGCCUUGUCAUGUGUUUUUGUCAAAUUAGAUUUGAUAGUCUGAACAGGGCUUUA